UGUGGGAGGAGCGACAGGAGCCACUGACACGUACGAAUGCCUCAAUAAUUUGCAGGAAGGUGAUACAGUUUCAGGAAAGGAUAACAUUCAAUGCGUUUCCGCUAGUAUUUGAACCGCUUUCUUGAUGUUCGCUACUCUGCCGAGAAGGUCGCGCUUAAAGGAGGUGUGCGUCGCACCAGCAGUAGGGGUACAAUGAGGUUCUCUAUGUUGAUCAGUCUGUUAAGGCCGAUCGGCCCGGUUAUUAUCGGGAUUUCGCUGGGAUUUACUCUGAGUUUGCUGAGUGUGAGCUGGGUUGAAGAGAGCUGUGAUGUUAAUGCCGUAGGAGACGAAGGAAUCGCUUUAAACCAGGAUGGAAGUCUGAAAGGAGCCCGAAGACCAAACUCUAUUUCCACUGGGAAUGAUGGUGAGGAGGAGGAGAAGGAGGAUUUCCCGCCGAGAAUAAUCCCGUAUAAACCAGUCAAACAGACUCAGCCCAAGAAACUUUUCAGAGCGAAAUACAUCAGCACAGAGCUGGGAAUCCGAGAGCGUCUUUUUGUGGGAAUAAUAACCUCCAAAAACACUAUCAACACCCUGGGUGUAGCUGUCAACCGCACCAUUGGCCAUCAUCUGGACAAUGUCGUGUUCUUCACUGGCACCCGAAACCGCAAGAUACCCCAUGGGAUGAAUGUGGUCACACAUGGUGAUGAACGGCUUAUCUGGAACAUGUUCCAGACCAUCAAGUACAUUCUAGAACAUUACAUCACUGAGUACGACUGGUUCUACCUCGCCCAGGAUGACACGUAUACACAGGCGGACCGCAUCAAGGCUCUUGUGGGGCACUUGAGCAUGGACCGGGUGCUGUAUAUGGGUAGUCCGGAGGAGUUCAUUGGAGGUGAGAUGCAGGGACGGUAUUGCUAUGGGGGGUUUGGAUACCUGCUGUCCCGCAGUCUACUGCUGAAGCUCCAGCCCUUCCUGGAAAACUGCAGGAACGAUAUUCUCAGCGCCAGACAUGACGAGUGGCUUGGCCGAUGCAUCAUCGAUUAUGCUAAUACCAACUGCGUGGAAGAAUUUGAGGGACAGCGGUAUUAUUAUUAUGAAAUGGGCAAAAAUUCUGACCCUAGUAAAGAAGAUAACGUGCAGUUCAAGAAUGCACUGACCGUCCACCCAGUGUCUGAUCCUGAGCAGAUGUACAGACUCCACAAACACUUCACCGAGAUUGAGCUGCGGAAGACAUACGAGGAGAUCGAAAAACUGCAGGCGGAAAUUAGAAAUGUCAGUGUAGUGGCUUUUGAGGGCAACCGCAGUGCUUUGUGGCCAGUUGGAAUCAAUCCACCCUUUGAGCCCAAAACACGAUUCGAGGUCCUGCGGUGGGAUUACUUCACUGAGGAUCAGGUUUACUCUUGCAUCGAUGGCUCUCCGAAAUGCGAGCUUCGUGGAGUUGACAAGCUAGACGUAGCCGAUGUCAUUGAGACAGCAAUGGGUGAACUGAAUAAAAAGUACAAGCCUGUGUUGUACCUAAAGAAGCAACAGCUAAUCAAUGGAUACAGACGUUUUGACCCCACCAGAGGUAUGGAGUACACCCUGGACCUACAAUUGGAGGUAGUUAACCAAAAAGGACACAGUCGCUCUAUUACCAAGAGGGUCCACUUAGUAAGACCUCUCAGUCGCAUCGAGAUCAUCCCUAUGCCUUACGUUACAGAAGCAACUAGAGUUCAUAUCAUCUUACCCGUUACUCUUCAAGAUCGAGAUUACGUUCAUCAGUUUUUAGAAGUGUAUGCCACAAAUGCAUUCGAAACCAGCGAGAAUGCGAUCUUGACGUUCCUCUUCAUCUACGAUCCAAUAGAGGCCCAACAAGUCAACCAGAAUGACAUCUUCUCCAGCAUCAAAGCACAAAUCAGUACGUACGAACAUCGAUAUCCUGCAGUCAAAAUCCCCUGGAUUAGUGUUAAAAGCGAAAGUCCGUCUCAAAUCAAAUUCAUGGACAUCAUCUCCAAGAAGCACCCGGUUGACACGUUGUUCUUCAUUGCGACGGUAAAAACAAGCAUCAGUUCAGAGUUCCUCAAUCGCUGUCGGAUGAACUCCAUCAACAACUGGCAGGUGUUCUUUCCAAUCCACUUCCAGUACUACAAUCCUGACAUCGCUUAUCACAACCAGCCUCUUCCCAGUGCGUUGGAUUUGGUCAAAGAGGCUGGUCUUUUCGAUCGCAGCUCCUUCACCGAAGCUUGCUUCUAUAACUCGGACUACAUGGCGACCCGUACCCGGAUGUCAUCGGAUGUGCUGGAGAAUGAGGAGAUCCUGGAGAACCUUGAUAUCUAUGACAUGUUCGUCAAAUACUCUGGCCUCCAUGUUUUCCGAGCAGUGGAGCCGGCCCUGCAUCAGAAAUACAGCUACCAAACGUGUAAUCCUCGCCUUAGUGAAGAAAUCUACCAGAGGUGUGUACAAAGCACCCUGGAUAGCCUUGGAUCACGCUCUCAGCUCGCCAUGCUGCUGUUUGAACAGGAACAGGGCAACAGUACUUAAAACCAAACCCUGAAGAUUGAGAGGUGACCAAAAGGCGAUAAACACUUUUUUUUUUAAAAC